AUGAACACCAAGUACUCCGCCAUCGCCACCUCGCUGGCCGCGCUGGCAGCGACGAGCGCUACGCUCGCCGCCGCGCAGCAGCAGCCCAGCUUCAGCGUCAACAAUCCACCGGACACGUGGCAGCCUGGUCAGACCGGUACCAACCAGUGCACGCAGAAGUUCGGCGCAUCCAGCGCCAACUCGAACUGUCAGACUGCUUACAUCAACUCUGCUGACGACUUCUGCCUCUUCACGCCACCUUCCACCGCCACGAUCGGCGAGUCGGAACGGUACGAGAUCUCUUACUGCACCAAGUCUGGGUACGGUACGCGCCUGAUUCCGGACGGCACGAUCACCUCUUCGCACUUUGUGAAAACGCCAUAUUUCGUCCAGGUUGUCGGCACCGGGGACCUGACGCGCAUCGGAGUCGCGGCUGGCGACGCGGGCGGCGAGCUGGACCCGCACGGCGCUGACGGUAACGGGAACCCGAUCGGCGGCCUUGUCUAUUCGAACGCCAUGGGCGGCGGGUACCGGCAGAGCAUGGAGUGGAUGCAGUUCAUCUCGUCCAAUCAGUUCUGUUUCCGCGCCUGCCUCGCUGGCUCUGGAGAGUACCAGGCACAGCUGUGCCAGCACAUCUACGAUGUCAUGGGCUGCAACUGGGUGAUGCCGACCAACGCAUACAACGAGCAAGGCUUCGACGACUGCCAAGGUGAUGCAGGCGACCCACCUGGUAUCUACAACAACUUCAAGUCGACCUUCUACCAAGGCCAGCCUUCCACGCCUGCAGCGCACCCGCCACCCGCAACAUCCAACUGCCAGGCACAGCCGUCUCCAUCGAACGGCUUGACGUCGAACCCUCCCUCGGGUGGUAUGGCGGACAACCACAACGGUAACAACUCGUCCAGCAGUUCGUCCAGUAGCUCGUCCUCCACCUUAUCGACCAGCACCUCGGUCUUUGUCAGCACCUCGACCGUCACGGCGUCCUCGAUAAGUCUCGCGGCAUUCACCCCACCCAGCCUGAGCACCAACACGGUGAUCGUCGCACCCGCGGCGAGCUCAACGCGCGCAAGCAGCUCCCCUAACGCCGCGGACAGGAGCACCGUCAGCAGUGGCGCGACGGCGUUCGCCGCUGCCGUACUCGCGGCUGCCGCCCUCGGCGCCGCGGCUGUCUUGCCCUUCUGAAUCUGAAUGCAGAGAACGCUAGAUUGUCGAUCAGCGUGCGCGGGCCGGGUGAGGCGAUCGCGAUGCACUUUUUCGAUCUUUCGCUUGGAUUUCUCCUUGGCAUUCUCAUUAUAUCACGACGACUUGGUGCAUUG